AUGAGCCCCGCCCUGAUCAGCCUCAUCUGCGCCGUCGGCAACGCCGUCGGCUUCGCCGGCCACCUCUUCAUGCCGCCCUGCUGGCUGCGGUCGCCGCAGAAGACGCGCGUCUUCGGCCGCUGGACCUUCCUCACGAAUCAAUCCAACGCCAUCCUCGUCUGCUACCACGCGCUGCGCUUCGCCGCGCCGGCGCACGCCCUCGCGAGGCGCGCCUACCCGCUGGCCUUCGCGCUCGGCGUCGGGCUGACGCUGCUCUACUACGGCCUCGACCACUUCGUCGCCGCGAAGCGAGCCGAGGACCGGCUCUGGGUCGCGCGCGGCUUCGUCUGGAUCCCCGUCGCGUGCCACGUCGAGCACGGCCUCGCGCUGCCGCUCGCACUGCUCGACGCGCGCUACGGCGGCCACGCCGGCGAGUCGACGGGCGGCGACGUCGUCGUCCUCGUCGGCGGCUUCGCGGCCUUCUACCUCCUCGGCACGCUCCUCAACAAGAAGCUCACGGGCCUCUGGCUCUACCCCAUCUCCGACGAGCUCGAGAAGGCCCUCGGCCCCGCGGGCUUCUGGGUCCUGUCCAUCCCCGUGACGGUGACCUACGUGACCCUCGGCUUCGUCGGCCGCCACGUCGCCGGGUGA